AUGUCUCGGAAAAAAACAGAUUUCUUGGCCCAAUACCGGGAGGAAGAUGAAUCUCUAGACGAAACUCUACUACAAGAAACUGCUGGUGAACAGAAAACCACUCGCAAGACGGCAAAUUCUGCGGAGACCUCUGGACACUCUAGCCCCCGUGUAAGUGCGGACAUGGCCGAUACCUUCAACCUGUUCAAGUCAUACCUGGACAACAAACUAGAUACUCUCAAGGAGGAACUCUCUACGGAUUCUUCCACAUUGAGCAUCGUUAGAGAGCUCAUUCCCAAGGUCACUAAACGUAACAAGCUCAUCAGGAUCGCCAAUAAAUCUCCCACCGGGUGGUCGACAGUCCGUGAGUAUGAAAGUGAUGAUUUGGCGUCCGACUCUGAGGACGAAAAACGUCUUCGCCAAGCUGAAAACCGAGCAUUACGAGCUUUCAAGGAAAAACGCCGUUUUCAGUCAUGCUCCAAGUCUGGUUCUGCAACAACUUCGCUACCUGAUGGUAGGUCUGGUGGUUCUGGCCGUAAUUUCCGUCCCUACAAACGUAACCAGGCCUCUCCAUAGGACGUGUGCUAAAACUGCCAUAAGCUCGGCCAUUGGAAAUCCGCAUGCACUGCCCCAGGCAGAACCAACAACUCAAGCACAAGCUCGUCAACCCAGUGA